AUCCUGAGGUAGGGAUCGAGGCAGUGGUCAGGAGCCUUCAAGAAAGCUUGAAGAUGACCAACACAGAGUUGCAUAAGCAGGGUCUGCUGCUCUUUGCUGAAAUUCUGACUCGGCAACCAGAAGAGAUCAGGCUGUUCACAAGUUCAGCUUUGUGUGGAGAUGCUGGCCGUGCCCUCCAAGAGGCAGUGGGCAGUCCAGUCCUGGAGGUGGCUACUGAAGCAGUGAAGGCCAUUUCUGCUUUCCUGAGGAAGGACCAUCAGAAUACACCGCCUGUGCAGUAUAGGACACUGCAGGCCUUGCUUGAAGCCAUGCUGAGCCGGUGUGUGGAGUUUUCCCAGACUCCACUGAACAGGCGGUCCUUGGGGCAUGCCCGCAGCAGAAAUUCAGAGAAAGCCAUUAUUCGAAGGGGAAAGUUCCUCCAGAGCACUCUGGAAGGAUUUAGAAAAGCCUGCAGAUUGGCUGUGGAAUUCCAGAAUGAGCCUUUGGCCCAGGAGAAUCCCUUUACAGCUCCCAGUGCUGAGAAGGAAGAUACCCUGGAGGCUUUUUCAGAAUUUCUUCUCAGAGCCUGUGACUCUCUAUGUAUCCCACUGGUGAUGACAUACUUGGAGCAGGCCACCCAUCCAGCUUUAAUGGAAACUUUUUUCUCAAUUCUGUACAACCUCUUUGUCAUCGUUCCUCACAUGAAGGAAAGAUUCUCCAAGAAGCUUGCUUCCUCAUGCUUCAUACAACUUACCCUGGAGCUGAAGGCCAAGUUCUACAUUGGCUCUAGUGAUUCAAGCCUAAAUCAAGUAUGUUCCAGUUUCCUCUACUAUAUGUGCCUUAACCUCCUUUCAGCUCCAGAGAAGACAAGACCACCUUCCCAAGAAGAACUCUCUGCAGUAUCUGAGCUCCUGCAGUAUGGUCUGCCCCAGAUAAGCAGCAGGACCCCUGAAAACCUUGCCUUCCUAUCUGAUCGUCAAUAUGUGGAGGAAGCUGCUCGCCAGAGGCAGUACUGCAUCCUGAUUCUCUUCUACCUGGCCUGUAUCUACGAGGACAGGUUUGUCCCAGCUGCACAGUUAUUUGAGGCUGUGCAAAGCUUCCUCCUGUCUCUGCAGGACCAGGGUGAGCUUCCACCACCAGUAAUCUGCAGAGCCUCUAUCUAUCUGCUUGCAAUCUGCCAAGACAAGGACAGUGUACUGCAUGAGACAGUGGUUAGUGCAAUCAGAAAAUUCCUAGAGAGCAUCUCUGACUUGUACUUGGUCUACACUCACCACCCCCACCUGCUCAGGUUCUUCCUGGUGUAUCCAGAGUUGAUGAGUAGGUUUGGGCACCGUGUUCUGGAACUUUGGUUCUCCUUUGAAGGGAGCAACUAUGAGGAACUGGAUGAUGUCCCUUUUGCUGAACAGCCCACCCUUCCUCCCAGCUUCACAGACCUGUUCCAGAUACUCAGAAGCAGCCCCAGCAUUCUGCUCAUUUUGAUGGACCUUAUCUAUUCCAGCCCAGCAGACAUAGCCCGCAAGGUAUUGAUUGUCCUGAAGACCUUCCUGAAGAAGAAUGAAGAUAUCCAAGUAGGCAGUCUUGUCCGAGGCCACUUCCUGCUCACCCUGCAACACCUGCUGGUGGAGGAUGUAGUCCUCCCUUCAGGAGUCUCAGAGAACUUGGCACUGCUGCUGAACCUCCUGUCACUGGUACAACUGAGGACUGAGUCAAAACAAGAACUGGACAGCAUGGCCAUGAAACUCCUUCACCAAGUGAGCAAACUGUGUGGGAAGUGCAGCCCCUCUGACGUGGACAUUCUACAACCUUCCUUCAACUUCUUGUACUGGAGCCUUCAUCAGACUACGCCCAGCAGUCAGAAAAGAGUUGCGGCUGUGCUCCUGAGCUCCACGGACCUGAUAGAGCUUCUGGAGAAGAUGCUGGCACUCACCUGGACAGAGAUGGACUCUCCCAGAAACCCGCUGCUCUGCUCUGCAUGGCUACUCACUGCUUCCUUCUCUGCCCAGCAGCACCAUGGCAAUUUAAAGGUUCACCAGACACUGUCCGUGGAACUGGACCAAAUACUGAAAGCUCUCAGCUUUCCCAGCAAAAAGGUUGCGCUGCUCCUAGCUGCCAUCUUAAACUUCCUGCGGACAGCCCUGCAACAAAACUUUUCCUCUGUCCUGGUGGCCUUGGUGCACUCAGGGUCCCAUCCACCAGCAUCCCCUGAGAACAGUGUCCUAGCUCCACUGGAAGCAUCACAAGUGCUGUCUCUGGUCGUUGGGCUGCAGAACCUUCUGGUUCAGAAGGACCCUCUAUUGUCCCAAGCCUGUGUUGGCUGCCUGGAGGCCUUGCUUGACUACUUGAAUGCCCGGAGUCCAGACUUAGCACUCCAUGUGGCCUCCCAACCUUGGAAUCGAUUUUUGCUCUUCACUCUCUUGGAUGCUGGAGAGAAUCCCUUUCUCAGACCUGAGAUACUGAGGCUUAUAACGCUGUUUGUGCGGUACCAGAGCAGCAGUGUCUUCUCUCAUGAAGAGGUGGGUCAAGUUUUGGAAGCGGCAGUUUUGGCGGACUUUUCUACCCUCUCAAAUACCACAAUCCGGGCUCUACGUAACUUCUUCCUGCAGGUGCAGAGCAUGGGCCUUCUGACUGACCACAACACAGCCCAGACCCUGCAGGCCUCCCUGGAGGGCUGUUCCCCUAGUACCUUUUCUGCCCAGCCUCUUCAGGACAUGCUCUGCCUGGGAGGGGUAGCUGUAUCCCUGUCCCACAUCAGAGACUGAGCCUCAUGACUUAAGAGAUCCAGAAACUAAGAGCCAUAAGACCUGCAGACAACAAAGUUAGGGCAUAAUUGUUGCAGAGAUGGAU